AUGAGCCAAGAAGCUCCAGCAGGUUUCCAUGUGCCAGCCGCUUGUCCCUACACAAUUGAAGUGAUCCAGACCAGCGGCUGCACGAACUCGAAGACGUACCUCAUCCGAGAGUUUGAUCGGUACGGCGAAUUCCCGCACAUCUACGCGAAGAUAUGCGGCAGCCCCUCCUCGUCGGCCACACUGAGCAGCCACAGCCCUGGUCUUGGGCACAGCAAUGUCUGUUGGGCACCUGGAUCGGAAGGAGACAGAGUCAUCAUCCUCAGCGACACGGGGUGCGGGACGGAGACGCCCCGACAUCACAGUUCAGCCCCUCCAGCGCAGAAGUCCCACGGGCGUGCUGAACCGGAGGUCUGGAAUAUCCGCACGUUUCUCGAGUACACGAUCAACCCCGGCGGAAGGAUACCCUACCUGAUUAUGACCACUCACUGUCACUACGACCACAUCAUGGGCAUCGGGAAAUUACCGCCCACCUCAACCGCCCCCCGACCAAGAGACUUGCUGACCACAGAGUCUGCUGCCCGCCCUCCGACGACCGUUCUCUCUUCCUCUUACGGCAAAUCCUUCAUCACCCCCUACGCCAAUCUCCAGGACCACAGCCUGUGCGACAAGCUCGGUCUCCAGGCACCGCGGUAUGAUGUGGGAAUCUGGGCCCAGGACAUGUCGCGUGUGGUCUUUACACCUCCGACUACGAUCUCGUCCCCCUCGCCUUGCAACACAGAUCCCUCUCUGUGGCCCACGCUGCCUACCAGUAUCAUCACAACGUCGCUGACGAUCCUCCACACGCCCGGACACACGCCGGACUCACUCUCGUGGUACGACGCAGACCUCCGGCUCCUGUGUGUCGGGGACAGUUUCUAUGUCAAAGAGACAUCGGCCACGCACGACGCAAAAUGGGGCCCGGAGCCCCCGAUGCCGGUCAUUUUCGACCUGGAGAGUGAUCUCGGACAGUGGUGGAGAAGUCUGAAGAAGGUGCUGGAUUUUGUCCGGGCAAGGAAUGCCGAGUUCGAGAAAGGCGAGGGCCCUGAGGACGAGAGAUUGAGUGGUGUGAAUGCCAAGGGAAGUGACGAGGCUCAUGCUGAAGCUGAAGCGGCGGCGGCGGAAGAUGAUAAUGAUGAUGAAGGGUUCGUGUACAUCGACGCCGACGAGGUGGCGCGUGCGACGUGGAAGAACGACGUGGAAGGGGUUUCCCAAGAGAGAGCGGAAUCUACCCUACCGUCUCGUCCAGAGACAGAGAGAACUGUCACGGCGAAACAAGAAACGGCACGAGCACCGGCGCAACCACAGACGGGCUUCGACAUCCCGUCGCCCAGCAAGCGCGGCGUCAUUGCAUUGCCGAUCUGUCCCACACCCAACGGCCGUCCACUGGGAGGAGAUCAGGGUGCAGCUGAUGACGACGUGUGGAUGGUCGUCGUCGACCCGGUUGCUCGGCCUCGUCCUCACCGUAAUCCCGACCACCACCCACCAGCUCGUCUCCGUCUGGAUCCCAUCAUCACGUCGCACCGGUUUCACUCUCAUCUGCCGACCUCUUCGUUGAAGAAAAAGAAGAAGGACGGAAACCCCUUCCUCCCUGCUCCGCGCAUCUCGUCGGCGCGACCCCCAAGCUCUUGCUCGCCCUCGAUCCCACAACCUUGCAGCCGGGCGAGCACACGGCCCCGAGUGCGCCUCUGCGCCGCGCACACGACGGUCUCGGUCGACGCGGAGCGGGCCAUCCUCACCAUGCAGCGCUUCAUGUUGCGGGUCCUCGAAAACGGCGUGCCCCGCCGACGCGCCUCGGACGGCCCUCGCGGCGAGGAGCGCUGGCUGUGGGACGACGCGCUCUCUUCUUCUCCUCCGCCUUCUUCACGCUCGAGCGGGCGUGGUUCCACUGCCGUGAGGAUGAUGCGCCACGACGCCGGAGUCCAUAUGGUUCGAGAUCUCGAACGCGCAGAACGCAGAUCCGGAUAUAGUAGUAGUCAUGAACAUGACCAUGACCAUGACCAUGGCUAUGGCUAUGGCUAUGGCUACGGUCAUAGAGGAGAACGGCGGCCUGCUAACCUGACGAAUAAUGGGAGCGCACCACCGGCGUCUUCUGCUGCUCCAGCCCCGAGCACCGACACAUUCAGGAACGGGAACGUGGACAUGGACAGGGACAGGGACAGGGCCAGUUUCAGUUACAGCGUCCUCGCGCCGCUGAGCGUGAUCGAGGAAGGCCGGAGAAGCAUUCUCGGCCGCCCAGCCGGGGUGGUAUAG